AAAAGACAAAGAAAAGAAUUUUGAUUUUUUAGUAUUCAUCUGGAAGUGUCCCGCACUCCCAAGAAGAGCACGUGAGAGUUACGCAAAAGGGGAAGAACGGCAUAAGCGUUGAAAGCGCAAAGAAUGUUCGCCAAAGUAGAGCGUGUGGUCGGCGCAACUAACGGAUUCAAUCAUCGUCGUCAGCACACCCGUCAAACUUCAACACCCCCGGCUGGUCUCUCUCCGUUAUCGUUAAAUCUCACGGUCAUAUCUCUUUCCUCCUCAGCUCACAUUCGGUCCUUCCUAUAUAUAAAAGAUCUUCCCAUCUUUCUUCAAUUAUUCUUUCCGAUCUUCUUCACUAAAAAAAAAAAGAUCAAACACCUUAACCGAAAUCCACAACUUCAAUUGUCAAAGUUUUGCAUAGCUGAAUUAGCUCAAGCUCGGGGUAAACGUUCCAGAAGUUGAAUAAAGAAAAGGGGAAAAACAAAUUGAGCCCAUUUCUUGAAAUUUCAGGUAUUUCUUGCUGUAAAUUACUGGUGCACAUCUACGAUACUUGCCUCUGAGAAGGAACCAGGAGUAGUUUUGGCCAAGAUUAUGUUAUGGUUAGAGUAGUUGGUUCAUAUAACAGCUGAUGCCAUUUAUCUAUUAUGGAUUCCCACCAAUUUUAUGGAUAUAGUGUAGCUGGUGCAGACUUGCAGUACUCUUCUUUCUCCAGUAUUCCUUCAGUGCCGAAUAGGGUUGUUGGGUCCGUCAAAUUUGAUUCAAGAAACUCACCGAAUUCACCGUUCUGGAAUCAUUUUGAUUCUGAGACUCCUACCCCAUUAAGUGACAAUCAAGAACAACACAGUUCAACAGAAAAUCUCUCCCAAGCCAGCCCUUCUUGUAAUUCUUCUCUGAAUUACAGUAGUUACAAUCAACUGUUGAGCUCAUCCCCAGAAUCUAGUCAAGAAAAGACACUGAUUUCUUCUGGUGGAUCUACAACAUUCCAGGGCACAAGUCAUGGUCAGAACGUAAAGUUUACUUUGCAGCAACUGGAGACUGCUCUCAUGGCACCAGAAGAAGAAGAAGUCACCACACCAAAUCCCUCUUUGGGGGAAAACAUGCAGCCACAGACAUCAGGUCAAAGGUCGAGGGCCUGGAACCAGGAAACCCAGAGUUCGCAGCCACUUCAGUCUCAGCCUUCUCUUGUUACUCAAGUGGGGAAAUUGGCUGGGAAUGUUCACUUGGACAAGCGUCACAGAGCGAUUGAAGAUUUUUCCUUGAAAGGUAUCCCUCCGAUGAAUCUUAAACAGUUACUGGUGGAAUGUGCUAGAGCACUUCAUAAUAAUGAACUAGAAAUUUUCGACAAAUUGGUUGAAAAAGCAAGUGGUGCAGUUAGUAUAACUGGUGAGCCAAUUCAGCGUCUUGGUGCUUACAUGGUCGAAGGUUUAAGAGCCAAAAAAGAGGCAUCGGGCACCAACAUUUAUCGGACUCUGAGAUGCAAGGAACCACAAGGUAGGGACUUGCUUUCCUACAUGCAUAUUCUAUAUGAAAUAUGUCCUUACCUUAAAUUUGGGUAUAUGGCUGCCAAUGGUGCCAUUGCGGAAGCAUGUAGAAAUGAAGAUCGAAUCCAUAUUGUCGACUUCCAGAUAGCACAGGGUACACAGUGGAUGACUCUGCUACAAGCACUAGCUGCAAGGCCCAGUGGUGCUCCUCAUGUGCGUAUCACUGGAAUUGAUGACCCAGUUUCUAGACAUGCACGCGGAGAAGGAUUGGUUGCAGUAGGGAAACGGUUGGCAGACAUUUCUGAGAAAUUCAACAUCACAGUUGAGUUCCAUCCAGUGCCAGUUUUUGCACCUGCUGUGACAAAGGAACUGCUGGAUCUAAGGCCUGGCGAGGCUCUAGCUGUUAACUUUCCCCUGCAGCUCCAUCAUACCCCUGAUGAGAGUGUUGAUGUGACCAAUCCAAGAGAUGGGCUCCUGAGAAUGGUGAGAUCACUCUGUCCCAAGGUGGUCACCUUGGUGGAACAAGAAUCGAACACGAACACAGCCCCAUUUCUCCCCAGGUUUGUGGAAACUCUCGACUACUAUUCGGCAAUGUUCGAGUCUAUAGACGUGACAAUGCCAAGGGAGAGGAAGGAGCGAAUCAAUGUGGAGAUGCAUUGCUUGGCCAGAGACUUGGUGAACAUCAUAGCAUGUGAAGGAAAAGAUCGAGUGGAACGCCACGAGCUGUUUGGCAAGUGGAAAUCCAGGUUCACGAUGGCUGGAUUCCGACAAUAUCCUCUGAGUUCUUACGUUAAUUCUGUGAUAAAAGGGUUAUUGAGGUGUUACUCAGAGCAUUAUACUCUGAUAGAGAGAGAUGGUGCAAUGUUGCUGGGAUGGAAAGACAGGAAUCUGAUUUCGGCAUCUGCUUGGCACUGAUUGUCAUCACUAUAUGGAUUGGGAAGGUCAAGGCAAAGAAGGGUCUAGUUGAGAUAGGAACUCUACUUAGUUUGUUUCAGCUUUCAGGCAUAAAUGUUAUCUAAUUCAUAUCACUCAAAAGUUGUUAUAAAGUGUGAUAUACAUGUGUUCAUUUUAGAUUUGAUUUGCUCUGUUAUCCUCCCCACCAACAAAAGAAAAUUAUGCGUACAAGACCAAAGAAAAGUGAUGACACUGUCUCCAAGUGAACAAACUUCUCUAUUAAUAUAUGUUGAAACCUUUAACGACG